AUGUCAGCUGAAUCUCUUGAUGGCUAUAUAUACAAAGCAAUAUUUAAGCACGCCAGACUAUCCACAGAGUUAAAAGAGCUAAAAGAAGCAAAUAUGAAAGUAAAAGAACAAAUAAAUGCAUUCAUCGUGCUAAUUAAUAAAGAAUUUCAAACUUUCAUAGAUAAUAUAGCUAAACUACAAUCAUAUACGGAUAAAAUGAUUGAAAAAAGUAAUAGAAUGGAGGAGGAAAAGAAUGCUGAAGUAAAUAAUCUUAAAGUCGCCCUUGACAGGAUCCAAAUGUAUCUUAAACAAAAGUUAAAAGAUAAUAAUCCCGAAAGAUCAACCGAAAUUGCAAAAAUACAAGAAAUAUUUGAAAAUAUCGACAAAAAUGCUGUUCAACAAAUCAUACAAGCAUUUAACGACAAUGCAUUUUUGUAUGUUAGCAGUAAAUCCGAUACCAAAGUAGAAGAGUUGCCUUAUGUCAUUAAUUCUUAA